AUGACGUCAAUAACUCCCAAAGUAAAAGGCAUCGAACUCCUGCUACCUAGAGGGUUCUCCGAACAGCUUCUCUUCGAAUUCUCGCCCUUCAAGAAUUGGCUCUCCACCCUAUUUAGCUCUCUUGUAAAACAAGCUAACCCCUCACACCCCUUCAACAAAGACCCGUAUCGUCUCCGCUCCGUCGAGAUCCAGAGCUUCGAUCUAUUCGGCAAGCCUCCGAACCAACGCAUCGGCUUCCUCAAGUUCAUCGCCGGUAUCUCGAAUGGCGCCGGCGAGACCCUGCCCGGUAGCGUGUUUAUACGCGGACCCAGCGUCGCUAUGCUCGUCAUCUUAGUGCCUGACGACGUCUCCAAAGAAGACAACGAUAAAGACGGAUUAUGGGGUGAGCGCUACGCUCUCCUCACCGUCCAACCCCGCAUCGCCGCCGGCAGCCUGGCGUUUGUGGAAUUGCCCGCUGGCAUGGUCGAAGAGGGGGGAUCGUUCUCCGGCACAGCAGCGCGGGAGAUCCGCGAGGAACUCGGGCUAGAGAUCCCGGCCGAUCAGCUACGGUGCUUAAGCGACAUGGCGGGUGCCCCUGGAGUUAACGGUGAGGAUCUGCCGCUUGGUAUGUACCCCUCGGCUGGUGGAUGCGAUGAACAUAUCCCGAUCUACAUGCAUGAGCGACGGGUGCCCCGCGAGACGCUGGGUGAGUGGGCGGGAAAACUUACGGGAUUGCGGAGUGAGGGGGAGAAGAUCACGCUGAAGUUGGUGAAGAUGCGGGAUUUGUGGCGCGAGGGGGCGCGCGAUGCGAAGUGUCUUGCUGCGCUGGCGUUGUGGCAGGAGUUUCGCCGGCAGGGGAAGGUGUAA